UCUUCCCCAACCCAACCACCGCACCCAGCCGGGCCAGAGAGAGCAACGCGACGCGGCCACCGAGGGCUCUCCCCCCUUCGCCUGUCCCUCUCUGAUUGGCCUCCACCUCUCCUAGCUGCCGCGCCCGCGCCGCCGCGGUGGGACCGGGAGGAGGAGGAGGAGGAGGAGGGCUGGUGGCGGCGGCCGCGCCUCGGGGGUGCCCCCGCGAUGGAGUGGGCGUCGGCGGCGUACACGGCCGCGGCGCUCGUGUGCGCCGCGGCGGCCACCGUGGUCGCGCUCGUGCACAUCUACCGGCACCUCCUCCACUACGCUGAGCCAAUCUACCAGCGGUUCAUCGUCCGCAUGAUCUUCAUGGUCCCGGUAUAUGCUGUGAUGUCAUUCCUUUCCCUUAUCCUUCCUGAAAAUGCGAUAUAUUUCAAUUCUAUUCGAGAGAUCUAUGAUGCUUGGGUCAUCUACAAUUUCCUCUCACUCUGCUUGGCAUGGGUGGGAGGUCCUGGUGCUGUGGUUGUAAGUUUGAGUGGCCGAACCCUGAAACCGUCAUGGAUUCUGAUGACUUGUUGUUAUCCAGCUAUUCCUCUAGAUGGGCGUUUUAUACGAAGAUGCAAACAAGGUUGCUUGCAAUUUGUGAUUCUCAAGCCUAUUUUGGUUGUUAUCACCUUCAUACUUUAUGCAAAAGGAAAAUACAAGGACGGAAACUUCAGUGUCAACCAAUCCUAUCUGUACAUAACAAUCAUAUAUACAAUCUCAUACUCAAUGGCAUUAUAUGCCCUCGCCUUGUUCUAUGCGGCAUGCAGGGAUCUACUUCGGCCAUACAAUCCUGUCCCAAAAUUCAUAAUGAUCAAAUCGGUCGUGUUUCUCACAUAUUGGCAGGGUGUCCUGGUUUUCCUUGUUGCAAAAUCUCGACUUAUCAAGAAUGCUGAUAAGGCCGCUGAUCUCCAGAACUUUGUAUUGUGUGUUGAGAUGCUCAUAGCAGCCAUCGGGCACUUAUUUGCCUUCCCCUACAAGGAAUAUGCAGGUCCCAAUGCCCGCCCUGCUGGUGGUUUCAGAGAAAGCCUUCUUCAUGCUUUGAAGUUCAAUGAUUUUUACCAUGACACUGUUCACCAGUUUGCUCCUACAUACAACGAAUAUGUGCUCUACAAUCACAAUGAGGGAGAUAAUGCACAAACAAAGUAUCCCUCAGGGAGCACCGCGCCAAGCGGGCAGGGUGUAGAGUUAGCUGGCAUCACCGUGGUAGCUUCAAAUAGUCCAGUGACAUCAAGUGCCUCAUCGAACCAGGCAGAUCAGGAAGAAACAAUGACAACCCCAAUCAAGGACAAAGUCGAUCCUCCUGGAGGGCUUUAUGACCUCACGGACUUGCUAGACGUGGAUUUGUCUAACUACCCAGCCAAGGUUCCUGCAAUCACCGAUGUAAGAAAACAAUGAUCAAGCUCGAUGUGGGGCUCUUUGUAGGGUUGCAUUUCGGGGAAAAUCGUGAUUUUUGUUGAAGGGUCGGCAUAGUUAACAUUGUAAAAAUGUGUGUAUUACUUGUUCUGAUUUUUCCCCAUUGAAGGGGCCCUAUUCAUGUCAGCAACUGCUGCCACACGGCCUCUCACCUCGCUCUUUACUAACUGUGCAAUGUUGUGAGCUCAAGGUGAACUGAAGUGAAAAAUAGAGUCAUACUGAAUACAAUACUCUGCAUUUCUGAUCUAA